ACACGCACAUGCGCACUACGCGUAGUCAGAAAAUCCAAAUCGGAAGUUCUUUGCUUUUAAGUUGCGCGUCCUGAAUUAGGAGGACAUAUUUCAGCCAAAAUGAUCAGUAAACUAAUCGGUCAAAAGUAUGUGUCCAUUGCCAAAUCAUGGGUCCCAACUCUGACUGUCUGGGGCGGCGUCGGAGGCGUAGCUCUGGUCCACUUCACAGACUGGCGAGUGAUUUUGGAUUAUGUCCCCUACAUCAACGGCAAAUUCAAGAAGGAAGAGUAGUGGCGCUCAGUCAGGUCGGUGCUGGUUUUUACACAAAGACUAAAAUAAUGGACAAGAACUGCUGCAGCCCGGACCUGGUGUGCCGGGCCUCAGGAAGCCGUCCUCAUCCUGCAGCUCAGUCAACAUGGAACUGUUCACCAUCAACAUCCUGUGACACGCACUGGAGCCGGUCAUUUCAACAUUACUCCACCAGUGACCACGCGGAUGGAAGGAAUAGGAAAACAGUGAUGAUAAUUGGACUUUUUUCUUUUCUUUUCACACUCAGUUUGGGGGUCGGGUAUUUAAUUGAAUCACCUGUGUGUCAAACCUGCUUCUCAAAUGGAAACAUCUUCCCUUCAUGUCAUAAUCUUAAUUGUUUUGAAAAGUAAAGUAUGUGAGAUCAGAUGUAUCCUA